AUGUCUCCAUAAGCCUGGAAAUAGUAAAUAUGUACUUUGCAUUGGCUCAUAUGGGCAGGUUGUGCGUUUAUGCGUGUGUGUCUCGGGGCAGGGCAGACCCCGCCCCUUUAUGCUAAUUAAGGUCUCCCAUUGGUGUGUCAGGGGAGCAGGCCGGCUCUGAUUGGCCAGGUCGAAGCCAUUUAUUCGCUGACAGCCCCGUCACAUGAAUGGUUGUCUAUUAACUUGUUCAAAAACUAUCUGGAGUUGUCAAGGCUCAGACGGACAGAGGCGAAAAAGUACAGUUUGUUAAUGCUUUUUCGGAGAAGCGACGGGAGAAGUUUUGUGGAAACAACAUAGCAGGGACCUAUUGGGAGAAGGCUCUCUGUCUCACACUCACACACACACUCUGACACACACUCACUGAGAGGGAGAGAGAGAGAGAGUGAGAGUGUGUGGAGACGCGGCUUGGUGCUUGUUGUUUUUUUUUUUUUGGUCCAGAGAAAAAGUUGCAGAGAAAAAUCGACAGGUAACUUUUCGCAGCAGCCCUGCGCUCCUCACUGUCCUGCCUCUGGCUUGUGGAGUUUGUCUCUGUGUUUUUUUUUUCCUCUGCUCGGGAGCUCCAACUGAAAAGCUGUUCCUGAUGUAUAACAUGAUGGAGACUGAACUGAAGCCCCCAGCUCCCCAGACCAACACGGGGGGCACGGGCAACACCAACACGUCCGGCACUGGCACCAACCAGAAAAACAGUCCGGAGCGGGUAAAGAGACCCAUGAACGCGUUCAUGGUGUGGUCCCGAGGCCAGAGGAGGAAGAUGGCCCAAGAGAAUCCCAAAAUGCACAACUCGGAGAUAAGCAAGAGGCUGGGCGCGGAGUGGAAACUUCUGUCGGAGAGCGAGAAGAGACCUUUCAUCGACGAAGCCAAGAGGCUGCGGGCCCUGCACAUGAAGGAGCAUCCGGAUUACAAAUACCGGCCCCGGCGGAAAACCAAGACCCUGAUGAAGAAGGACAAGUACACCUUGCCCGGCGGGCUGCUGGCUCCGGGAGGAAACGGGAUGGGAACUGGGGUCGGUGUAGGGGUGGGCGCCGGGCUGGGCGGUGGGGUGAACCAGCGGAUGGACAGCUAUGCGGCGCACAUGAACGGCUGGACCAACGGGGGCUACGGCAUGAUGCAGGACCAGCUGAGCUACCAGCACCCUGGGCUGAACGCGCACAACCCGAGCCAGAUGCAGUCCAUGCACCGCUACGACAUGAGCGCCCUGCAGUACAACACUAUGACCAGCUCCCAGAGUUACAUGAACGGCUCCCCGACAUACUCCAUGUCCUAUUCCCAGCAAACCACGCCGGGGAUGACCGCCCUGGGCUCCAUGGGGCCCUCCUCCGUGGUGAAGUCCGAGUCCAGCAGCUCCAGCCCGCCCGUCGUCACCUCGUCGUCCCACCGGGCCGCCCCGGGCUGCCAAAGCGGAGACCUGAGGGACAUGAUCAGCAUGUACCUGCCCGGGGCGGAGGUGAGCGAGCAGACCGCCCAGACCAGGCUACACAUGUCCGGGCACUACCAGAGCACCGUGCCCGGGACGACGAUCAACGGCACGCUGCCGUUAACACACAUGUAAGAGACACCAAGCAGAGAGAGAGAAAAAAGAACUUUUAUAAGAGAAACUGUGGACUACUUAACGUUGGACUAUUUUUGUACAGAAAAAUUUCGGGGUGGGAAAAGUUGUAUAGAAGUCUCCAGGAAAAGGACACACGACUCUUUUUUUCUUUCAUUUUAUUCUAAGGAAGCUCUAGAGGAAACGGUAGGAGAUCCCCCUCUUCACUGGUGGAUGAAGUUUGGAAGACUAGAAAGUGGGAGUCGCAAUCAAAUGUUUUAUUAUUGCAAUCACCUUUUGUACAGUAUUUAUCAAAGAAACAUUACAAUCAGAUGAAAUUGUUUGUUAAACUGCAAGAGGUUGCAUUUUUCUUUUCUUUUUUUGUUUUUAUAUAAAGCAACGCCAGUUCUGCAAAAAAUAUUAAAGGUGAAAAAUGGCAGAACUGGAAUUAUAUGGGAGCGAUCAGUUAUGCUCCUUUAUUACUGCAAACAUUGGAAAGAAAAGGGACAUAAAACGAAGCAGGUAAUACUGUUUUUUUUUUUUUUUUCAUUUAAGGUCAAUGUUACUAAACAUUUUAAUUUCUUAAAAAAAGAUAAGACACUUUUUCUCUCAUACAGCUUAAAAUCUAGGUUGUUAAUUUAUAUUUCCGUCUCCCACUUUUCAUCUGUUAGAGGUAUGACGCUUGUGCUCUUUAUUUUCUAAUUGAUUUGUACAAUUUCUGUAUAUUUACUGUGAUAUUUUAAGUUUUUAUUUCAAAAUUCAUUCCCGUAGUUGUAUUUUAAAAAUUGUGGCCUGUACGCAGAAGCCAACCACUCCAUGUAUAUAUAUACCGGAACUAAUACCAUCCUUAUAACAGUUACAGUUUCAGCUGAGUAUAUUUUUUUUCAAUAUGCAGUUUGAAAUGAAUAAAUUUUGGAAAUUUGGA